AUGGCAAAUAUUAAUGCCUUCAAAUCUGAGGGAAAGUUUCGGUUGACUAUAAUUCAUAAUAUCCAUAACCACGACCUCAGUCCAAAUAAAUACCGCUUCUUUCGAUCUAAUAGAGAAGUCGAUGAUGCUGUAAAAAGGGUUUUAGAUACAAAUGAUUCGGCUGGCAGCCGAAUGAACAAGAGCUUCAGAUUUCUUGUUGUUGGCGCGGGUGAAUUCGAGAACUUUUUGUUUUUGGGAAAAGAUUGUCGUAACUACAUUGACAAGGCAAGACAUCUACGACUUGGCACAGGUGGUGCUGAAGCGUUUCGAGAGCACUUUUUACAGAUGCAAUACAAAAAUCUUGAGUUCUUUGCAUUGAUAAAUUUAGAUGAUGACGGGAGGUUAAAAAAUAUUUUCUGGGCAGACCCCCAUAGUAAAGCAGCCUACAAAUAUUUCGGUGAUGUGGUCAUAUUUGACAUUAUAUACCUGACAAAUAGAUAUAGGAUACUCUUUGCACCAUUCGUUUGUGUAAAUCACCAUGGGGCAGUCAAUUUUGUUGGGCGCAAGCUUGAUUUCUAG